AUGGCUGCGUCCCCGGCGGGGUCGGUGGUGAGCGCCGGGCUGGAUGAGAGUGCCACGGGGCUGGCCCCGGCUCCCGGGAAGGAGCUGAGCCCGGUGCUGCUGUGCAAGGUGUGCGGGGACACCAGCAGUGGGAAGCACUACGGCAUCUACGCCUGCAACGGCUGCAGCGGCUUCUUCAAGCGCAGCGUCCGCAGGAAGCUCAUCUACAGGUGCCAGGCGGGGACGGGGUUGUGCCCGGUGGACAAGGCUCACCGCAACCAGUGCCAGGCCUGCCGGCUCAAGAAGUGCCUGCAGGCUGGCAUGAACAAGGACGCUGUGCAGAAUGAGCGCCAGCCCCGCAGCACAGCCCAGGUCCAGCUGGACAGCAUCCAGCUGGAUGCUGAGCUUCCCCCUGAGCACGUGGCCACCACAUGUGAGGUCCCCCCAUCACCCUGUCCGGCUCCUCGUGGUCCCAGUGCUACUGUCACCCCGGGUCCCCGAGCACCCACACCACCUACCAACCAUCGCUUCAUGGCCAGCCUGAUGACAGCCGAAACCUGCGCCAAGCUGGAGCCCGAGGAUGCUGAUGAGACGGUGGAUGUGACGGGCAGCGAGCCAGAGAGGGCGAUUGGCGAGUACCAGGUGGCGCCGUACCCGGCAGCCAGCCCCGAAAACAUCUACGAGACCUCAGCUCGUCUCCUCUUCAUGGCUGUGAAAUGGGCCAAGAACCUGCCCGUCUUCUCCAACCUGCCCUUCCGCGACCAGGUGAUCCUGCUGGAGGAAGCGUGGAGUGAGCUGUUCCUGCUCUGUGCCAUCCAGUGGUCCAUGCCUCUGGAGAGCUGCCCACUCCUGGCUGUCCCUGAGCCAACCCCUGGGAAGCUGCUGCCGGCCACCCUGGACGUGCGGGUGCUGCAGGAGACCCUCGGCCGCUUCAAGGCAUUGGCCGUUGACCCCACAGAAUUUGCCUGCAUGAAGGCCGUGGUGCUCUUCAAACCAGAGACACGUGGCCUGAAGGACCCGGAGCAGGUGGAGAACCUGCAGGACCAAUCACAGGUGAUGCUGGGCCAGCACAACCGUUCCCACUACCCUGGGCAACCAGUCAGGUUUGGGAAGCUGCUGCUGCUGCUCCCAGCGCUGCGCUUCAUCUCCUCGGAGCGUGUGGAGCUGCUCUUCUUCCGCCGCACCAUCGGCAACACCCCCAUGGAGAAGCUGCUGUGUGACAUGUUCAAGAACUGAGCCCCCUUCCCUGGUGUCACCUGGCU